UAGAGGAACAGAACUUUUGUUCUGGAUAUUGCUGGGAGAAGUUUUUCUGCUAGUUUAUGGAAUAACAUCUCUUAAAAAUUCCCAUGUGGCAUUACAAUAUUUGAAGCCUGGAAAGAUAAUGGAGAGGGAAUCAGACGGUGAUUUGAAAAGGGACCAGUCCACCCUGGCUACUUUAAACAACAAAAAUGUAACCCUGGUGACUUUUCAUAAGCGGCAAUCAUCUAAUGCUGUGCCUGCACUACUGAUUGUCAGUGAACCCUCCAAGUCAGGCUCUCCUGGAAAAGCAGGCGACUGCUCUCAGAAAGAAGAGAAAGUUUCACAGAGUUACCAUGUGGGAGCAUCAGAAGUCAACAGCAUGCAUGCUUUGUCUAAGUCUAGCUCCCCUGCUAGUUGUGUAUGGGAACCAGUCAUGAAGCAGAAUUUUGCCUUUGACAACAUCGGCUACGAGGGGAACGCUGAAAAUGUGCCCUCUCUGCUUCCUCAAACGAGCACCGUCACAGUCAGUAUUUUGGGUAUGACUUGCCAGUCUUGUGUGCAGUCGAUAGAGGGCAGAAUUUCUAAGGUGAAGGGCAUUGUGAGCAUCAAGAUCUCCCUUGAGCAGAGCAAUGCUGUAAUAAAAUAUAUACAGUCAGAAAUAGGUCUCCAAGAGAUUUGCCAGGAAAUUGGAGAAAUGGGCUUUGAUGCCAACAUUGCAGAAGGAAGAACUACACCAUCAUCUGUAAGAUCGACGUCCUUGGGAGAAGCACUAAUGAAGCUGCGGGUAGAAGGUAUGACAUGCCAAUCUUGUGUCAACAUCAUCGAAGGAAAGAUUGGAAAACUACAUGGCGUGCUGAGAAUCAAAGUCUCCCUCAGUAACCAAGAAGCAGUCAUUGCUUACCAGCCUUACAUCAUUCAACCUGAAGACCUCAAAAACCACAUAGAUAACCUGGGGUAUGAAAGCACGAUUAAGAGCAAGCUAGCCCCAUUAAAGCUUGGUAUGAUUGAUCUAGAACGCUUGCAGACUACAAGCACAAAGAAAACUCCAGCCAGCCUGAACAAUAGCAAUGUGGAGCCAGUGGUGGGCAAAAUGAAUAGUACAACAACUAUGACACUGGGAGUAGAAGGGAUGCACUGCAAGUCUUGUGUCAAAAACAUCGAAGGAAAUAUAUCAGGUCUUCCAGGUGUACACAGUAUUAAAGUGUCAUUGGAACAUAAAAAUGCUGUUGUGCAAUUUAACCCAAACGUAAUUACCCCAGUAUCUUUGCAACAAACCAUUGAGGCCCUUCCACCUGGUAACUUUAAAGUAUCCCUCCCUAAUGGAGUGGAAGCAAAUAACGGAGAGCUUUUAUCAAAGGCAGCGUUUUCAUCACCUCAGUUUCGUAGCACGUCCUCUGGGGAUCAGCUGACAAGCACAUCUGUACUCAGUAUUGAUGGAAUGACCUGUGGAUCCUGUGUACAGUCCAUAGAAGGCACAAUGUCCCAAAGGAAAGGGGUACAACAUAUAUCAGUUUCGUUAGCUGAAAGGACUGGAACCAUACACUACAAUUCAGCUGUAACUAAUUCAGAAGAGCUAAGAGGUGCUAUAGAAGACAUGGGAUUUGAUGCUUCCAUUCUCACAGAUACCACCACUUGGAAAUAUAUGGAUCAACCUCUUUUCAGGGAUGCUGCGAUUCAGCCUAAUGCUUGGGAGUCAGCUUCCCAGAGAACAGAAAAUGUUUCUGAAUCGUCUCAUCAAGGCUACAUGUCUGAUGUCCAGCCAAAGAAUUCUUACCUCAGUAGUCCAAAGCCACCCAAUGUAGCGACAACAGAAAAGUGCUUUAUGCAGAUCACAGGCAUGACCUGCGCAUCAUGUGUGUCAAACAUUGAAAGAAAUCUGCAAAAAGAAGACGGCAUCAUUUCAGUGCUAGUAGCACUGAUGGCAGGAAAAGCGGAGAUAAAAUACAAGCCAGAGAGCAUUCAGCCUCUUGAAAUAGUACAGCUGAUCCAAAACUUGGGCUUCAAUGCUACAGUCAUAGAAGAUCAUACUGCUACAGAUGGCAAUGCAGAGCUUAUUAUUACGGGGAUGACUUGUGCUUCCUGUGUUCACAAUAUUGAAUCCAAACUAACCAGAACUAAUGGCAUCUUCUAUGCCUCGGUAGCGCUUGCUACCAGCAAAGCUCACAUCCAGUUUGAUCCUGAAAUCAUUGGACCUCGAGAUAUUAUACAAAUUAUUGAGGGAAUUGGUUUUCAUGCUUCCUUGGCCAAGAGAGACCCUAAUGCUCAUAACUUGGAUCACAAAAAGGAAAUAAAACAAUGGAGGAAAUCUUUCUUGUGCAGCCUAGUGUUUGGAAUCCCCGUCUUAAUCUUAAUGAUUUAUAUGCUAAUACCUGAUGGCCAACAGCACGGCACUAUGGUGCUGGAACAAAAUCUAAUUCCUGGAUUAUCUAUUUUAAAUCUUCUCUUCUUUGUCUUGUGCACUUUGGUUCAGUUCCUCGGUGGAUGGUACUUUUAUGUCCAAGCCUACAAAUCACUGAAGCACAAAACAGCCAAUAUGGAUGUACUGAUUGUGCUGGCCACAACUAUUGCUUAUAUAUACUCUUGUGUGAUCUUGGUGGUGGCUAUAGCUGAAAAGGCAGAGGAAAGCCCCGUCACGUUCUUUGACACACCACCCAUGUUAUUCGUAUUCAUUUCUCUUGGGAGAUGGUUGGAACACAUAGCAAAGAGUAAAACAUCAGAAGCACUUGCUAAACUAAUGUCUCUCCAAGCUACUGAAGCUACCAUAGUGACUCUUGGACCUGACCACUCCGUCAUCAGGGAGGAGCAGGUGGCUGUUGAACUGGUUCAGCGGGGUGACAUUGUAAAAGUUGUCCCUGGUGGGAAGUUCCCAGUUGAUGGAAAAGUCAUUGAAGGCAGCUCUAUGGCAGAUGAAUCUCUCAUUACUGGGGAAGCCAUGCCAGUCACUAAAAAACCUGGGAACACAGUGAUUGCAGGUUCUAUAAAUGCGCAUGGCUCAGUUCUUGUUAAUGCAACUCACGUUGGGUCUGACACCACCCUGGCACAAAUUGUGAAAUUGGUAGAAGAAGCUCAAAUGUCAAAGGCACCCAUCCAGCAAUUGGCUGAUAAGUUUAGUGGAUAUUUUGUUCCAUUUAUCAUCAUCAUUUCAACAGUGACAUUGCUAGUGUGGAUCACAAUUGGCUUUAUAAACUUUGAUGUUGUUCAGAAAUACUUUCCUCAUCAGAACAAACACCUCUCAAAAGCUGAAGUAAUACUGAGGUUUGCAUUUCAAACCUCAAUCACUGUGCUGUGCAUUGCAUGCCCCUGUUCCUUGGGCUUGGCUACUCCAACAGCUGUGAUGGUGGGCACAGGCGUUGCUGCCCAGAAUGGUAUUCUCAUCAAAGGUGGAAAACCUCUGGAAAUGGCCCACAAGAUAAAGACUGUGAUGUUUGAUAAAACCGGGACCAUCACCUGUGGCGUUCCUAAAGUCAUGAGGAUGCUCUUGCUAGGGGACACGGCUAAGCUGUCUCUAAAGAAGGUACUUGCAAUUGUCGGCACUGCAGAAGCCAGCAGUGAGCAUCCCUUAGGAAUGGCUGUCACUAAAUACUGUAAAGAGGAACUUGGCACGGAGAGCCUGGGAUACUGCACAGAUUUUCAGGCAGUCCCAGGCUGUGGAAUCAGCUGUAAAGUCCGCAGUGUGGAAGCUGUACUGGGCCAGAGUGAGCAGCGUGUGAACGUACAGAAUGCUUCCCUGAGCAGUGUCAGCACGAUUUCGCUGGGACACAGUUCAUCGAUCAUGGUCUCUGAAUCCGAUGGUGCAGCAGCCCCUCUGACAUACUCAGUCCUGAUUGGAAAUCGUGAAUGGAUGAAACGGAACGGCUUGCUUAUAUCCAGUGAUAUUAAUGAUGCAAUGACAGGCCAUGAAAUGAAAGGACAAACAGCCAUAUUGGUGGCUAUAGAUGGUGCGUUGUGUGGAAUGAUCGCAAUAGCAGAUACCGUCAAACAGGAGGCAGCACUCGCUGUGCACACCCUGCAAAAUAUGGGAAUAGACGUGGUGCUAAUAACAGGGGACAACAGAAAAACUGCAAAAGCAAUUGCUACUCAGGUUGGCAUCAAAAAGGUCUUUGCUGAGGUUCUGCCCUCUCACAAAGUCGCGAAGGUUCAGGAACUCCAGAAUGAAGGGAAGAAGGUUGCCAUGGUUGGAGAUGGAGUCAACGAUUCCCCGGCAUUGGCUGGAGCGGACAUUGGCAUUGCUAUUGGAACAGGCACGGAUGUUGCCAUUGAAGCUGCAGACGUUGUUCUUAUUCGAAAUGACUUACUGGAUGUGGUGGCUAGUAUUCAUCUAUCAAAGAGGACAGUAAGAAGAAUACGAAUAAAUCUGGUCCUUGCCUUAAUUUAUAAUCUGCUUGGGAUACCUAUAGCGGCGGGGGUGUUCAUGCCUAUUGGAAUUGUGCUGCAGCCCUGGAUGGGGUCAGCUGCAAUGGCAGCUUCUUCAGUGUCUGUGGUGCUAUCUUCCCUGCAACUGAAAUGCUACAAGAAGCCAGGAACUGAAAGGUAUGAAGCAAAAGCUCAAGGCCACAUGAAGCCACUGACACCUUCCCAAAUCAGUGUUCACAUUGGGAUGGACGACAGGAGACGGGAUUCACCCAGGCCAACUGCCUGGGAUCAGAUUAGUCAAGUGUCUUUCUCUUCUCUGACUUCAAACAAGCUGCCCGGACAUGGCGGUUUUAGAGAGGAAGAAGGUGGCAAGUGGUCACUGCUUGCUAAUGACAGAGAUGAAGAACAGUACAUUUAAAUGCUGCAUCCCAUCGCCGUAGAUGAAGUCACUGAGAUUCUUCACCAUUGAAGUGAUGACCAAGAGCCCCCCAUAAGUAGAAAUGGAGCCCUGAUGUUCCAGUUUGCAAAGCAGCUCAGAAAUUCAGCAUUAGAUUGUGUGAAUUAUGAUUUGUCAGUUCACAAAUAAUUCCCAGGCAUUGAAAAAGCUUGAGGCCCUACAAUGAAUUAUGCCCUUUACUUCUUGAACAGUGUGAAGUUGGAGUCCACAAAGCCUAACAUGACCCCUACCUUGUGGAUCAAUUACUGAGAAUCAAAAUCACAGGCUGUCCAGUCUUAUUGACUCUCUUGUGCUUCUUUAUGGAACUUCUGUGAAAAGAUUUUAAAUUAAAUCUGCCAAAUUCAUUUUCUAGGUCAAAGUGAAAACCAAUACACCGGACAUCAAAUAGCUCUAUAUUUAAGGAUCAUAUUUUUACAUAGAAUCAAAUCUAGUCAUCUCAACAUGGGAAAAUUUUAUAUUUAGGGCUCAGACAACAUAUGCUUGCUUGAUUAGCACAAAAAUAUAUUAAUUGUAUAUUUUGCUGUGCAUAAAACUUGUAAAAUUCUGUUUCAAAGAUGAUCUCGUAUCUUAUAGCAUCACUAAUUUUAUUUUAUGAAACGUCUCAAUUUGCCAAACUUGCUAGCUGGUUUUCCAGUUUUCUCCUGCGUGUUCUUCAGAGCCCUUUCUUCCCAGUAGAGUUCCACCUUUAGACAUUUGUUAUGUCUUCAGAUUUUCCCGUAUUGGAUGAGAUCCUGCAAGGCGCUGGAGACCCUGCAAUUCCUGUUGAUAUCCACAUUUGAGCUCCUUUCAGUGUUUUACUGGUUCAGGAUAGCUCACCAUUUUGUAGAAUCUUUUGACGCGCCUGAUAACUGCAGCAUUCAGCUGUUUCUUUGAUGUGCAGAGUGGCGUAAAUGUGCCAGUGUAAGCCGUCCUGGUGGCUCAGUUAUUGGUACGUUCAUGCUAAUACAUUGAUGAGAUUCUUUCCGACUUGGAGCGCUUGUUCUUGGUCCUGAUGGGAGCUAGAAUGUUAGAAGUGACAUACUCAGUCUCUGUGUUGGUGGAUUAGCUAACAGUGCUCUUCAAGGACUCUAUGGAAGUUGUGGGGACACCUCAAAAGCUAAGAUUCAACAGAGAGGUGGGGUUUGGGAGGCUUUUCUGUGCAAAUGGCAGAUGAGAAAGAAGUAGUAGGUUAAAGCCCAUCUAUAAUUCCACUCAAAAUCCCUCUUGAUAUCUUGUGUUAGAGCUGGGUGGUUAAAGGAAAGUCCAUGCCUGAAUACUCACCCUAUCCCCUCUAAAAAUUACUGCAUUAUUACAGAUCACGUCAGGCUAAAAGGGACUCUUACUUUAUCUCUGAGUUUUAUCUUGGACCAUAAACACUACAGCCAAUGCUUAAAAAUUGCCACUAGGAGGCAACAAUAAUUAUACUGGUGUAACAGAGAACAGAGCGUGACCAAGUGUUCAUGGGAUUCCAGAGUGGUUGGAGGGGGUGGGGGGAAAGGGUUUGAGAUUACUGUAUUGUUUAAAUAACACCAGAUAACACAGCUUGUUGGUCGUUUAAAAUAAAAGUGUAAACUGAUUAAAAAUGGAAAUAAUA